AUGGCACAGUCGACCGCGACCUUGCGCGCUCUGACCUAUCGUCUUACUUCGACUCCAACCCAACAGCUUCCUGCCAUCAUCCCACAGAUUGCCGGAGCUCUGUGGAACUGCAAAGACAUCCUCUCCAUCUCGACAGAUUCGAAGGCCGCGGGGGAAGCAGCAACAGCAGUUCAUCGCUUCAAGACACAGCUCAAUACGCUACUACAGGAUAGGACUGUUGAAGGACGAUGGGCUGCCGUAGUCUUGACCAAGGCGGUCAUUGAAGCCGGCGGUCUCGAAGUACUCAGCAAGUCAAAUCCAUGGGUGAAGCAUCUGCUGGGAAUCCUCAAGCGCCCUGACCCCCCAACAACACGAAGUCUGGUCGUAAUCACUCUGACCCGAAUAUUUAUGCUCACGUGGAGCUACUCCAAUCUGAUACGUGAAAUCACUACACCUGCAUUGACUACAUUUAUACCAACCUGUAUAUCGAACAUUGAAAAUAAGCGAUGCUCGGCUGGCGAAUUGCAAACCGUGCUCGAAGCCUUUGCUAUUCUGAUUCCAAAACAUCCGACCAUAUUCCGACAGAACGAGAACAACAUUCGAAGCAUCUGUACUGCCGCCCUGUCAUCUGGCUCGAUACCCACACAGGUGCGCCAGUACAGUCAAGAUCAUCAAAAAGCUGCUCGGCGAUUGCUGGUGCUUCUGCAUCAUUGCGCCCCAAAGCAAGGCGGAAGCGACAAGUGGGUGGAGACGCUCAAGAGUACUGUUGAAGCUGUACACGCGACUUGUGACCAUGUGUUCCGCGCCGUACAUGAAGACUGGCAGUCCGUGGCCGGUGUGAAAUCUUCCGUGUCUGCACAACGAGUCCUCAGUGGCACCAUUGAGGUGGAGAGCGAGGAUGCGGUCGGCCUUGCGCCAUGGAAAGGAGUGUAUGCGGGUGCCGAACGUGUCGUAUCCUUACUCAACUUGCUGAAGUCGCAUCUGACCACUGCUACAUCCGCCACAAUGACGGUACGCAUUGGCUUAGUCAGCGAUCUGUUGACACGACUGUUUGGCGUAGUUGUGCCAUAUCAUGGCAAGCAGGACUUUGUGAAGAUCAACAACCAGGUUCUCAAAGAGGAGCGCGAGGCACUCUUCGCUGUAUUGCCUCGAAUCCAUGUUGCAUCGAUUGAACUCAGCAGGACUCUGAUCAGCCGACUCAGCAGCACUAGUGUGGGUGGUUGUCAGAUUGCCAUUGAUCAAGUGAUGUAUGUGUUCCAUGCAGAGAGCAGCGAUGCUCAAGUCCGCUCUGCCAUAUAUGAGCUACUUUCGGCGAUUUUCGAGAUAUCUGGACCAUCCAUGGGUCGAACGGAAGUGGGAGAGGUCUCCUCAGUUCUGAGAUCGUGCUGUCUGGACCUACUGCCGGAUGCAAAGGAUGCGGUUGGCCCUGAUGCGAAAACAAAUGGUCAAGUAGGAGGCAUCAAGCAACAACUGGGACUGGCCGGCGGGCAAAUCUUACAGAGUGAUAACGCAGGCCAGAACGAGCUCUUAAGGGCUGCACAGGCUCUUCUGCGCACAGCCUUGUUACGUAUUGAUGCGCUGCCGUCGCAAUUGCGUGCGCUGGUGGACCGCACGGCUGCUUUGACUCGUAAUCAUCCACUCUUACAGGCCAGCGUCAUGAACCCACCUGCAAAACGGUCGGUCGCAGGGAGUGCGCCUGCCAGCCUGUUGCCUGUACUCGCCAGAGAGUACAGCCGUACGGUCGAGGUAGAGGUUCUACUGCGACCACGGCUUCCUGUCAUUGGCAAGAAGUCCUCCAAUCAGUCCGGCAGAUUUGACGAUGAUGAGGAUGAAGAUGAAGACGAAGAAGACGAGGAUGCCGGCGCGGGUGACGAUGAGGGAGCCGAUCAAGAUGAGGGUGGACUUCGUCAAGACGAGGAAGCUGUGGAGGCCGCGAAAGAGGACCCAACUACUGACCUCCUCGACACACUGGGUCAAAACGCUUCUCUUGAGCCCUCCAUCAGCACCACCACGACAGCAAAAUCUCUCUUUGCAUCAGAGAAUGCAAUUGGCAAACGAAGAGCCACGGAUGAAGUCGCGGAUCUUUCAGCAAAGCGAUUGCGAGCAUCGCCCGAGGCGGCUCGCUCUCCGGGAUUGUCAACAUCGACUCAGCCCACGGGUAGUCUUGCGGAAGUUGUGGUGUCAAGACAGGCACUAGCAGUCCCUGUAGUCCCGGCAUCAAGUGCACCAACUGUGGGGUCCUAUCAUACUGCGACUGCGGACGACUCGGAGGAUGAUAGCGACUUUGAGAUACCGACCAUACAUGUUGGUGAUUCCGAUCAAGAUGAGGAGGAGGACGAUGAGGAGUAG